CUGAAUUCUUAUACACUGGAAUCGGAUCUGGUCUGGACUACUGCUAUUCCUACCAUUUUUGCGGUAAAAGGAGGAGGCCUCGUAAACAAACACCAUGGCUCUACAGGCAGAGACAAUUGUAACACUGUCCAGAAAUUCCAAGAGUUUGACAAACAAAUGGUUUUGCAGUGACCACUCGACAAGACGGUGCUGUUUGGCCUCAUGCAGUGACCACUCGACAAGACGGUGCUGUGUGGCCUCAUGCAGUGACCACUCGACAAGACGGUGCUGUGUGGCCCCUCAGAUGGACGGAAGCUUCUCUGACUCACUGCAGUGUGAGGGAUACCCAGGGAUGGGUGAUGAUGCAGAGGCCAUGAACAGACACAGAUGCAGAGUUGCAUUACCUGUAGUGAACAGUAGAGGGAGCCUUCCAACUGCUCUACAGGAGACAAGUGACAUCAUCAGUUGCCUACUGGAGGUUCUAAAUAAAUGAACUCAGAAGCCUUAACAGCAAACCAGCCUUGGCAUACUGCUUCACACUGAUGGGCUGCUGUGAAUAUAUUGAUCUAAACGCUUCUGUCAGUUACAAAUAUUGACGGAUGCCUCUCUGCUAUCUACAGCCUUGAAUUAAACGUGACAUAGUUGGGGUGCCAGACAUGAAUGCUGAUGAGCUCUGUGGGCAUGUUAUGGCAACUUUAGCACACACCAGUCGAUCCUACACCAUACUGAAGUAGGAGUGAGCAAGUACAGAGGACUCACUGUGUCCUGUACAUCCUACACACCAUAUAGUCAAGUCCACUGACUAUAGUUCUCAAGGCUUGGUGCAAUUACCACAACUGUCCAGAAGAUGGCAACUGUGGGGCAAUAUAGUCCUACAUACUGUGCUUUAGAGAAGAAUGUGACUGGUUUCAUAACACAGGGAACAGUACUGAUAUUUGUGCAAUGUACUGUAAUGAACCACAGAAUUAAAACCCCAUCAACGUAUUCUCACAAUGUUAGACAGUUUAUUCUCCCGCUGUCUGUGUGUGUGUGUGUGUGUCUAAUGAAAGGGUCACAUGCUCACUUUCUCUCACUUUCCUCAGAGAGAACCUGAGUCGUUCCAUAAUCCACUGUGGAAGAUUAGAUAUGAUCUCCUCAAGCUAAUUGAUUAUGACAGGUGUAACCCAAAUGAUGCCUCAAGAUACACUCACCCCAUUGGCUGUGGCGGCUGGAUUACCCCUCACAUGGCCUAAAUCUCCAGAUGCUGACCAACCAGAUCGGUUUGGCACCUUCAUCCCCUCGGAGGCCCUCUGAGGAACGACGCCUCCCUGUGCCCUCUCGGACCAUCGAGACCACCUGGGCGACCAGGUCGAGGACCUUCGGCAGCCAUCAAGACCGCCUGGGCGACCAGGUCGAGGACCUUCGGCAGCCAUCGAGACCGCCUGGGCGACCAGGUCGAGGACCUUCGGCAGCAAUGAACGGCACAGAGGGCCCGGAUUUCUAUGUGCCCAUGUCCAACCUGACCGGACUGGUGCGCAGCCCGUACGAGUACCCGCAGUUCUACCUGGCGGAGCCCUGGGCCUUCGCUUGCAUGGCCGCGUACAUGUUCUUCCUCAUCCUCACCGGCUUCCCCAUCAACUUCCUCACGCUGUACGUCACCGUCCAGCACAAGAGGCUGCGGACGCCGCUCAACUACAUCCUGCUCAACCUGGCUGUGGCGGACCUCUUCAUGGUGGUGGGCGGCUUCACCACCACCAUGUACACGUCCCUGCACGGCUACUUCGUCUUCGGCCGCCUCGGCUGCAACCUCGAGGGCUUCUUCGCCACGCACGGCGGCGAGAUCGCCCUCUGGUCACUGGUGGUGCUUGCCGUCGAGCGCUGGGUGGUCGUCUGCAAGCCCGUGAGCGACUUCCGCUUCGGAGAGAACCACGCUGUCGCAGGCGUGGCCUUCACCUGGCUGAUGGCGGGCACCUGCUCGGUGCCGCCGCUGGUCGGCUGGUCGCGCUACAUCCCCGAGGGCCUGCAGUGCUCCUGUGGCAUCGACUACUACACCCUCAAGCCCCAGAUCAACAACGAGUCCUUCGUGGUCUACAUGUUCGUUGUGCACUUCAGCAUCCCCCUCCUCAUCAUCGGCUUCUGCUACGGACGGCUGGUGUGCACCGUCAAGGCGGCCGCCGCGCAGCAGCAGGAGUCCGAGACCACACAGCGGGCCGAGCGCGAGGUCACGCGCAUGGUCGUCCUCAUGGUCAUCUCCUUCCUGGUAUGCUGGGUGCCCUAUGCCAGCGUGGCCUGGUACAUCUUCAUGCACCAGGGCACCUACUUCGGACCCAUCUUCAUGACGGUGCCCGCCUUCUUUGCCAAGAGCUCGGCGCUCUACAACCCCCUCAUCUACGUGUGCAUGAACAAGCAGUUCCGCCACUGCAUGAUCACCACGCUGUUCUGCGGCAAGAACCCCUUCGAGGAGGAGGAGGGCGCCUCUACCGCGUCCGCGUCCAAGACCGAGGCCUCCUCCGUCUCGUCCACCUCAGUGUCCCUAGCGUGAAGAAACGGAGUCAACGAUCACCCAGUCCCCUGCAAAGCCUCACUAACAAUAAAACGGAUGCUACACAUUACAACUGGGAGAUGAUUUUACUCAUAUGAUGGAAUGAAAGACUUCUCCAAAAGCUCUCCAUCCAUUCAGUUCUGCUAAAGACUGGAAGUCUGGAGGUGAAAUGCAUGUUUGAAUGGAGUUUGUGAAUCUGCCCAGCCCAAAACCGUCUGACUAUAAAAGACAUAGAUAUUGUUGUUUGCGUGAUUUUACAUCCGGCAAGUCAUUGGAUUGAACCUAUUUUCGUAAUAAAGAGGUGGCGCUCAUCCAGCCGUGUCCUGAAAA